UAUGGCUCAUAAUGACAUCUUUGCCGAUUUUGACUGAGGCAGCGAGCUGUUCCUGAGGGAAGCUCAGUGGUAGGCUGUCGGACACUGUGAAGGAAACGGCUGGGAAUGCAUCAGUUUGAAUGAGCAGUCCGUUUUAUUUGAGUCCGUUCAUUUAACUCACGUUUAUUGCUUGUGGGUGUUUGAGAACUGGAUGAUAACUGUGCCAGAUGAUUUUUGCACUCGGACUUCACGGCUUAGCCCCAUGCUGACAACCUCAUCGUGUGUCUUUCGCUGUCGCGAUUGUAGGAAAUACUUGAAAGAUCUAAACUGCUUCGCCCAAGGCAAAUUGGUCUCCGGUGAUAACUGGGAAUACUUCAGACGACCGCUUUCAGUAAUAAGGUUGUGUGAAGCGAGUGCGCCGCACUCUUGACGCCAACUGUGCGAUGGAGACUUCCAGGAAACUUGGCACCUUGAUCUCAUUGUCCUUUCUGUGCUUUCUCUCAGGUGGCCAGGGCCAGAUUACCUCUCCCCUGAUGAACGUGGAGGUCAUCCAAGGGCAGAAGGUGGUCCUGCCAGUCUGGUACACCACCGCCUCCUCAGACCUCAACAGCAACCCCAUCGUCUGGAACCUGGUGGCAGAGCCCUCCAAGAUGGUAAUCUCCUACACAGGUGGCCAGGAAUCGGUGACACUUGACGAGUUCAAAGGUCGCGUGGGGUUUGUGCAUCAAAUGCCCAACAGGAAUGUUUCGCUGUAUAUCAACAACACGCGGGAGUCAGACUCCGGGCGCUAUCUCUGCCAAGUACUCAUCCCUGGCAACCCUGUUUCAAGGGAACUGACCCUCGACGUCAAGGUGCCUCCCUCGGUCCCUGUGUGUAAGAUGAAAGGGAAGCCGGCUCUGAAGGGCAACGUCACCCUGAGCUGCAGCUCCAAGUCUGGGAAGCCGAUUCCUCUGUACAGGUGGACCAAAGCCAGCCCAAACCAGAACGUCUUCUUCGCUCCAAUGCUGAAUGAGACAGCGGGCACUCUGAAGCUGACCAAUCUCACCAGCAGCAUGUCGGGGAAGUACGUAUGCAAUGCCUCCAACACGGCGGGCACGGAGACCUGCUAUAUCAACCUGGAGGUCAUCACUGCUACGAACGCUGGAGUAAUCGCAGGAGCCACCGUGGGCUCUGUGAUCGGCUUCAUCCUCAUCCUCCUCGUCCUCAUCUUCCUCUGGACCAGGAGGCGGGAUACGGAGGACGACCUGGCCAAUGACAUAAAAGAGGACGCCCAGGCCCCUAAGCGCGUGUCCUGGGCCAAGAGUGGCACCGGCUCCAUCAGCUCCAAGAACGGCACGCUGUCCUCGGUCCACACCAGCCCCCUGUCCCGGGACCUCCACCACCACAGCAACCACCACUACACCCACCACCCGCCCUCCGACACCGCCUCCAUCCUCACCGCCGCCGGCAGCACGGCCGGCUACCGGCCGCGGCCCCCCGCCGACACCUUACCGGGCUACAACACCAGCGCCACCCUGCCCCACUCCGUCUCCAACAUGUCCGCCGGCGGCGCCGGGAUGCCCCACGGCCACGCCGCCGUGGCGGGACCUCCCAGCACCAACGGCGGCUCGCUGCCCAGGUCCGAGCACGCCCAGCCGCAGGUGGCACAGAUGCCGCCGCACAUGCCGCAGAUGCCGCCGCAGGUGCCGCGGCCGCCUCCCGUGCCCACCGGCGUGACCGCUGCCAACAUCUCCCGCAUGGGGGGAGUGCCCAUCAUGGUGCCCGCUCAGAAUCAAGCCGGCUCGCUCGUCUAACGCUCGGCGGGCAGCCGGUUCAGUCAGCUCAACGCCAGCCAUGCGGCGUAUACUGUCUGAUGCCUACAGUCUACAACAAAUACUGCUGAUUUUAGUCGACCACAUACACUGUUCCAAGUGCUGAGCUGUACUAAGGGAAGUGUCGGAGGAGAGAGCAAGAAUGAGAGUUAACGCGAUCCAUAUUCAAUGAAUAAUCCUGUAACGUCACAAUGAAAAAGUUAUUUGGAGUUCCUUUCAGAAAAUGCGUGGCAUGGUGUAAUUUUCAUUAUUCUUUUUUUUAUAUUGUUUUUUAAUUUCUAUUAAGUAUAUGCAACAUCUGUACAAAUAUUUGUUAAGAUUAUUUCUUGAUGUUCGAUGGCCUGUUAUUUUAUAGUGAGAUUGUAUGUAUUUUUUUACUAUGUUUUUUCAAUGCAUAGGUUAUGGGAGGAAGUGACAUAAAAGCAUUUCCCUGCAUUGCCCAAAAGCAACUUCCUUUAUUAGAACAAAAGAUUACUACUGAUGUACGUUUCAAUCCAUUUUUAUCCAUCUGGAAUUGUAUGUACAGUAUUUCGGGGGGGUUUUGUAAGCUACACAGGAAUAAUCCAAUUGCCUUCACCCAGCUCACACUGACUCAAGCUCUCCAUCUCCACGUGUAGUUGUGAAGACUCUUUUAUGUAAUGGAUUGGUUGCAUGUACACUGAAUCAUGAUGGUCUGAGACAGAGGACCCUUCUGAAGAGCCGCUCGUUGUAGAUUGGAUGGCUUUUAUUGUAAAGUAAGUGUUGUAUAGUAUGUGUUGCUUCUCCAACACCACCAGUAGGGUCUCGGAAAGGCGUAGUUCACCCAAAGAUGACAACUCUGUCAUUAUACCCUCAACCUGAUACCUUCAUACCCACUAAAGUGAGCCUCUUAUCAGUGCAUCAUAAGUGCUAAUGUUCCAUCAGUCUCCUAUGAUCUGUGUGUCAUCCAGCUGGCCUUGCUCUGUAGCCCAGACUGGCGUUUCAUUAGCUUAGUUAGCACACACCGACUUUAAUCAGGAGGGCAGUCAGGGCACACAGCCAGGGUUGAGGGAAGACAUACAGCACAGGAGGAAAGAGGGGGGUUGAGAUGAGAUAUACCCGACCACCCUAUGUGUGUGUGUGUGUGUGUGUGUGUGUGUGUGUGCUACAGACAAAACAAAACAAAAAAACUUUAAUGUAGAUCAAUCUGUUGGCAAAAGGAUUGAUGGGCAAGUUGAUGAGUUUUCAUUUUUGGAGUGAACUAUCUUUUAACUAAAGAGCGUACAGUAUAUAAUACAUCAGUGAGUUUCUAGUUAAAUGUUUGUAGUAUGUCAAUCAAUGUUUUAGGAUUUUUUAAAAACCAAAGACAUCUUGGGUCACUUCAGGCCACUCCAGGUUGGAUGAUGUUAAGGGAAAGUCUGUGGCUCGUGAAAUCUCCUACACCUAGUAGAAAACAACAUUUUGUUAAGUAGAGUUCUCUGUAGGUAAAGAAAAGCCCGUUUCAUAUCCCUUUACCAGAUCCUUCCUUAAUAAACGAAAAAUAAGUAUUCACCAAUAAAUUAAUAAAUAAAUAUAGCAACAUUCAACAGUUUUUGCGUGUAAAGCAACGUCCUCUAACCUUUAGAAUUUAGGUAUAAGUGUAUGUUUAGAAUUCAUCGAUUUCAAACAUUAGAAAAUCAUCCCAUCCAGGACCAGGACAGACAGGUGUAUAAAAUGUCAUAUUUUGACAUAAUCAUCUUUAAAUAGCAACAAAUUAGAUCACAUUGUAAAAUGUUUUGUGAUGCAUUUUUAGCACAUUGCGGCCAUCAAAAAAUCUAAUCUCUUAUAACUAAUGAUAAUAAGCAUGAGUUUAUCUCCCUGGAGUAGGGUUAGAAAUCUUUUUGCAGCAGUCCCAGUAAUGGGCAGUGUCGGCACUUAAAAGUGAUAUUUUUUAAUACCUGAUCUUUCAACAAAGUGAGUCUUUGGGUUUCUCCUAAAAUAUUUACCUCAUUACUCCAUCUAGCUUGCUUCUGACUCUGGAUUUGAUAAGACCUGGCCCAGAUAGGCUUCCAAACCUGGCGCGCACGUGUGUGUAUGUGUGUGUCUCUGUGUGUGUGUGUGUGUGUGUGUGUGUGUGUGUGUGUGUGUGUGUGCCUGCAGGAGGGGUCAAUACACUCCCAGUACUGUGACUAUGAUUGUGAAAUUCGAGCAAUGACACUGGAGGUUUCCCAAUCUAAGAGCUCUAAGCAGGAGGGCUCAAGUCCCUGAGUAACCUGGUUUAUAUCUGAAGGAUUCUCUAUUUAGUCACGUAUGUUUUCUGAUUCAUUCGUUUUUUAUGUUUUUAUUUUGCUGUGUGUAGGUGUUGUAUUACCUACACUGUUUUUAUGCCAUAGAAUUCUGAAUUGAUAUUUAUAUUGAGAUAUUAAGUCUGAUAAUGAAGUAUUUGGUUGUCAUUUGACAGAUCAUAGUUUUUGAGUUGAUGCCAAAAGGAUUGUGUUUGCCAGACACACAAAUCAUAUGUCAAAUAUUUCUAAAAUACUUAAAAAUGUUUUGUAGAAUCACUUUUUUCCUUCAUUGAGUCACAAAUUACAAUAUCCAUCCACCUCUAUUUAUUAUGUUAUUUUUUGUUGGUUUCUCUUUGGAUUUAUGUGAGACUAUUGUUUUAAAUUUAAUACAUUUAUUCCUGACUGAAAUCACUUAAUGCCAUAUUUCAUAUUUCAUUCAGAGUUCUUCAAAUUGGGUGUGGAGUGUGAAGGACUUUUAUCAAUCAUUUUUGAUUAAAAGAUAAAAUGAUGCUGAUUGUUUGAGAAGGUGCUUAAUUGAAAUGUAAAACCAUGCAAAGUUCAUGUGCUUUCCAGCACAGAAUAAUGUGAUGUGACUGCCAAUCAUGUCACAGUAAUUUCAGGCAUGGCCUUUAGAUAAGGUUUGUGCACAGCAACUUCCAUUGCUCUCUGCUGCCACCUAGGUGGCCGUAGAAUUACAGAGAGAGGGGUGCUCUUUUACUGAUAACAUCAAACAUGCAUGCCAUAUAUAUAGAUACACACUGGUAUAGUUCAGUGUUUCUUCAAAGUACUUAUUCUAAGUUUGUGUCUUUGCUAAUUAAUAUAUAUUCUAUUUAGAGAGAAAGAGAGAAAGAAAGAAAGACGGAAUGAUAGAAAAGGAAAGAAAAGCGGUACCGGUACAGUAUGUUACAUAAAUCAAGGAUUGACUCAAUAAGACACGUGUUAGUGGCAAUCAUUCUGCA